GUCACUCACAAUCAAAAUAUUUAGCCGAAGCAUAGAGUGGAAGUAAAGCCAGGCUUGCUAUAUGAAGGCUAACUAAUUGUUUUUCUGUUUAUAUUGUUAUUUUUGCUUGCUUAAAGGAACGACUAGGAUUACAGAUGGCCGGUUUACCUCCCGGAGACCCGCAGUUGGUCUCUAUGAUCGUGAAUCACUUAAAAACUCAAGGUCUUUUUGACCAGUUCAGAAGGGACUGCUUGGCAGACGUGGACACAAAGCCUGCCUAUCUGAAUUUAAGACAACGGGUGGACAAUUUUGUCUCCAACCAUCUCUCCAACCACACAUGGAGUCCACACCUGAACAAGAACCAGCUGCGGAACAAUAUCAGACAGCUGGUGCUACAGUCCGGGAUGUUGGAGCAGGGAGUCGACAGGAUAGUCGCGCAGGUCGUAGACCCCAAAAUCCAUCACACGUUCAGGCCACAGGUGGAGAAAGUGGUGCGAGAAUUCUUGUCCCCUGGGACCAUGGGCGAGCAGCCAGUGGCCUGUCCCAAUCAGGUGGAGGAGAGACAAGACAUCUACGUACCAGCACCAGGCCCCUCGUCUGCACCUGUAACCACGGCGUCCAGCGACGCCAUGUCCAUUCUGGACACCAUCACCUCUCUGAAUCAGGAGGCGAGCAUCUGGACCAGCGGGGACAAGGCUGGCAGGAGGGUCAGCCCAGCACUGGGUCCCGAUGGUGGGCCGGAGAGGGACCCAUCGCAAGACGAGACCCAGGAGGAGAUGGAAGUGGGGGAGCAGGACAUGAGUCUGGUGGAGGAGGAGGAAGAGGAGCAGGAGCAGGAAGAGAAGGGGAAUGGGGAGGAGGGUAGCGAGGAGAAACCCGGUCCUGAGGCCCUAGUCCAGGUCCAGGAGGCUGAGGUGGAGGAUGCCCCGGAGUUUAGCGGCCUGGAAAAACUGGGACCCGAAGAGGACGAGGAGACUAGGGAGCCAGCGGAAGAGACCAGGGAGGUGAAGGCUGAGGAGGGGAAGGAGAAAGAGAAAGAAAAGGAGAAAGAGAAGGAGAAGGCCGGCAGCAAAUCUGCAGGCAAGGCCAGAGAAGAUGGGGAGCCCCAGAAGUCCCCCAGCGAGAAGCAACACAUGCGUCAGAAAGCCAGGGAGAGGUUAAAAGAAGAAUACUCCCUGGAGGACUCUGACCUGGAUGGCUUGAGUGACAUCACAGUGAGCUCUGUCCACACCAGCGACCUGUCCUCCUUUGAGGAGGAGAGCGAUGAGGAGCCACAGCUAUCCGACAGCACAGAGGAGGGCGAGAUCACUUCUGAGGAGGAGGAGCUGGAGAGCAAGCCGAAGGCCGCAGACAAGCCCAAAGAAGAGGAGCCCAAGGAGCGGAAACCCCGCGGAGGGAGGCAGGCCUACGUCCACAAGCCCUUCCUCUACUCCCGUUACUAUAGCGACUCUGACGACGAGGUCACGGUGGAGCAGCGGCGGCGCUCUGCGGCUAAAGAAAAAGAGGAGAGGUUGCUGAAGAGACAGCAGAACAGAGAGCGGAUGGAGGAGAAACGCAGACAGAAGGCCACCCAGCAGGAGGACAAUGAUGAGGGAAGAUCAGAGUCGUCCUCUCCAAACCUUGAGCCGCAGGGACCGAGCGCCAAGGAGGCCCGCAAACAGAAGAAGGUUCUGGAAAAGAAGGUGGCUAUCAGUCGGAAGAGGAAGAGAGAUUCCAGGAAGGAGGAUGAGCCUGGAAAUAAGAAGAAGGGCGAUGUGGAAGAGGAGUUACUGAAGAAGUCUGAUGAAGUGGCGAGGGGCGGCCCCCCCAAAGGCCAGCCGUUCAGGGGCCCCAGGAGGGCGUCGGAGCCGGACGAGGGCCGGAGGCGGAAGAGCAGCAGCGUGUCCGAGGAGGGCCCCGCAGGGGGGGGCGGCGAGCAGCGGAGGGCGGCGGACAGGAGCCGAACGCACUCCUUCAUCCUGGACCUGGAGCAGGGCUCCGAAGGGCUGCUCCGCCAGAGGCCCGGGGGCAAGUUCGACAGGAACCCCAAGCCCCCCAGAGAGCGGGGCGAGCGGGAGCGCAGCCUGUCGGACGAGCGCGCCAAGCACAAGCCCAAACCCGAGAGGAGAGCGGGAGGCGAGGCCUACGCCGAGGAGAGCCUGCAGAGAGACCCGGGUCACGUGACCAAGGGGCCCGCCGACGAGAAAGCCGAGAGGAAGAGCAAGAGCAGGGGGGACAGGCGGAGCUCCACGUCCGCCAGGGAGGCCCGGACCUCCGUGUCGGAGGGCGGGACAGAGGAGGGCGGGGCCAAGCGGGCGAGGAUCGUUUCGGGCGACGGCGUCAAGGCGGACAAGGCCAGGGCGGAGAAGGGGGCGCCGAAGAGCGAGGGGAGACUGCUGCUGGUGCCGCAGGAGUCCGCCGGGUCCUCCGAGGACAGGUCGGACAUGGAGCCGGGGUCAGAGGUCGCCAAGAAGAAGGACAGGCAGCCCAAAGAGCCGCCCAAGCGCUCGAAGAGCCAGCCGGAGGUCAGGGACGCCGCCGGGGCAGACCGCCGGUCCAGGGCCGGCUCCGAAUCGGACGCCGACCCGGGGUCGAGGGUCAGGACGGCGGCGGAAAAAUCCCGGUCCAGGUCGAGGGAGGACCCCAAAACUCCGGCCACACCCAGGGGAGAAAAGAAGGGCUCCACCCCGGAGAGCAAGGGCAAAGGGACCAAGCCCUCCAAGGAGAAGAGGAAAGAAAGUGCCUCCAAGGAGGAGAAGAGGAGAGAGGGAAGCCUGAAGGAGGAGAGGAAGGGGUCCGAGGAGAGCGCCGCGGAGAAGGCCGGGAAGGGGGCGGGGCAGAAGGGCGCGGAGGCGGAGAGAAAGACGGGCGAGGAGGCGAGCCGGGGCUCCAAGGGAGACAAGCCGUCCCCCGGCUCCUCCCUGUCCCCGCCCAUUCCGGACACCAGCAACCCCGCCCCCGCCCCCCUGCCGGACACCAGCGUGGGCCCCGAGGCCCCGCCCGUGGCCCCGCCUGCGGCCCCGCCCGCACCGCUUGCUGUCGGCCUAGCGGACGACGCCUUCGACGCCCUGAGUGACAUCACCCCCGAGCCGGAGGACGAGGGCGAGAUGCAGAUCGACGAGGACGCGGACGCCACGGAGACCCCAAGCGGAGGGCUCCCGUUGGACGGCGGGUUCGGCCCGGGAGGAAGUGAUGUCGCGGCGGCUCAGGCCCGGCUGGCGUGGCCAGGGGAGGAAGGAUUCGGGAUGGGGUGCACGCCGUCCGAAAUGUCCCUGCGCGAGGCGGCUCUCACCCUGCUGUCCAUGGACCCCGACACCACCACCUCGCCCGGCAUGGUCGCCGAGGCGAUCUCGCCCGCGCCGCGGCAACCGGAGACCCUCCCUCAGACAGACCGGGUCUCCGACAGCCUGCCUUGCACUGAAGCAGGGGCAUCGCAGGGAUCUGUGGAAACGCUAACGCCUGAUAGCGAGCCAGCUGUUAGCACAGGACUUUUGGACACAGCUGUAAAGGAGGUCAGUGUGUCUGAGGUCUCGUCUGCGUCAGAGAGAACGUCCUCACAGGAGGCCGCCGCCGCUGCCGCGCCCUGCGCUCAAACCGAAGCGGAACACGCCGGAAACGUGCCCGAACCCCAGCCUGAGGAGAGGCCUGUGGCCGGUCCCGAAGUCUCCGCUCCUUUAGAGCAGAGCGAGGAGCAGGAACCCGUCCCAGACAGUGAGGGUCCCCUCGUCACCACUGCUCAGAUCAGAGCAGAAGCUAGUGACGGCAGCAGUGGAGAGAUGGAGUGUUCUGGACAGACCACCACAGUCCAGGCAGACAGCAGUGAGCCGUCGGCAGUGGCUGAGGAGGUGGAGGGUAAGGUGGAGAGCCAGGGGGAGGUGCUGAGCAGUACCGUGGAUACGGUGCCCGGUAGUGACGGCCCAAGAACAGAGGGUGAGAGCCAGCCUGAUCAGGCAGGAAAAGCAGAGGGAAGUGCAAAGGAGGAAGAAGAAAAGGCAGAAGGGGCGGUCACCGAACGCAAAGGACGACGGGCUAAAACUGCUACCAAGGAGACCGGUAAAGAGAAGAAGAUGGAAGAGAAGGGAGAGUCCGAGGGGGAACAGUCUGACCUGGCUGAGGAGGUCAAGGAGACACGCAGAGGUGGCCGACAGUCCAGACUUGUCAAAAAAACCAGCAGGGGUUCGAAGAGCGACGGAGACAGCCUGGAGCGGAGCCCGGAACCUUCUGCAGACGACAGAGAGGCGGAGGAGGUGAAGGACACCAGGAGCCGGAGGGGGCGGAGCUCUCAGAGUGCCACUCCCCAGCGGGACACAAGCAAGACCAGGAAGGAGGACAGUGAGGAGUCUACAGGUCCAGGCACGGGGCAGCCACUUAAAAGUGAUGAUGAAGGCGAGAAGGCCGUGGAGACAAAAGUUCCACGCAGGGGGAGGUGGUCCAAGGGCACGACUCCGUCGCUCAGGGAAACGCGAUCCUCAUCCCAAGAGCUGGAGGAGGAAGAGGUCAAGGAGCAAGAACAGCCUGAGAAGGAGAAGCCCGAGGAUGUUCCCAUUCGUAGAGGACGAAGUUCUGCUGGCCAGGUCAAAGAGGUCAGCGAAGCAGGUGGCCAGCAGAAGAAAGAGGAGGAGGAGGAGCCUAAAACAGGAAGUGGCUCCGAGGAAAAACGAGAGGAGCACACAUCCUUCCUUCCUCUGCCUCAGAAAGAGGAAGACGAGAAGAGCGAUCAGAAGAAAGCAGGCCGCCGGGGGAGGCCUGCCAAAGCCCCGCCCCAGGGAAGCGUCCAAUCAGAGGAGACCUUGGAGCAGAGUGGCGAAAAGGAGGAUGGAGAAGACUCCAAAGAAACCAGUAGCACUCGUAAGCCUGCACUGAAGAGGAAGAGGAGUGAGGAAGGGGAGGACUCUGUGGAGGUCCGGCCCGAGGAGGGGGAGGGGAAGGACGAUGGAGCGAAGAGGAGGAUCGGUCUCCCACAGGACGACAGCACCAGUCAGUCCGAUGGCCAGGAGGAUGUAAAGGAAGAGAGCUCCAAUGAUAAUGACGAGGACAGGAAUCAGCCUCAGAAGAACAAGGUCACACGGAGGGGAAGGCCUUCCAAAGGGGGCGGGGCCACAGGGGAGGAGUCAGGAAAGACAGCGUCUGAGAAGAAAGACCAGAAGUCCGAGGACACGGAGGAGGAGCCGGUGGAGGGAGAGGAGGGUGAGGAAGAGGAGGGGGAGGAGGCGACUGCGACGAGGGCCACGACGCGUUCCGCCGCACGUCUGGAGGCCGAGAGGAAUAAACCCAGUAAACCCUCUACUCGCGCCUUGAGUAAACUCAGUGGUAGAGAGGAGACCGCUACAAGCACACGCGGGGGGCGAGGGCAGGUGUCCCAGGCAGGGAAAGGGGGUCGGAAGCGCGAGGCCAGCCCCCCCGCCCCGCGCACCCGGGGGGCCCAGAAAUCAGAGGAGCCGCCGGCCAAGAGGGGCAAGCGCUGAGGUUGCACCGUGGGGGGGGGAGAGGACCCCACCCAGAACCCCAGAGGACCAAACCGUGGAGCGCGGCUUUCACGGGAUCCAUUCUUUCUCUCCUAACUGUACCAGCGCUGUCAUAGGAACAGUGGGCCUUGAGUGUUUUUCUAUCGAUGGAAAAAUAUACAACAUUAACAUUUCGCGAGUACUUUCAAUUUGAACUGUGUAUUUAGACUUUUUAUUUUUUAUUCCAUACAAAUGUCAGAAUGUAAUCAGUAGUGAAGUGUUUGAGAAGUGUUUGGUUGGAUGUGUGAAGUUUAUUUGCUUGGUUCUGAUUGCGUCCACUCUUCAGGACGACUGUCUUUUAAUGAAGUCGUGUACAUUUUUUUAAUUUUUAUUAUUUUGUUUUUUUAUAUGGUAUGGCAUUACUAUGGAAACAGAACCUUGGUGACAGUGUUGAGCGAGAGUGAAUGAACUGCAGAUCCACCUCUGAUCCUUUGGGCCAUCAGAGGUACAGUACUUAUUCUGGAGUGAUGUAACAUCUGGGCCAAUCAGAGAGGAUUUAUUUAGACGUAUCCGUGCGUAGAUUUUCGGAGCCCUUUCUUACGGUUUUAUCAUGUGCUUAUGCUUACCGGCUCGUUCAAGCAAUACACAAAAUGUAAGAACCACUAUGGGGCAGGUUUCAGGUUGUAAACUCCUCCCAUUUGACUACCCAGAGUGCUUUUAUGUUUUGUAGUUUUUUUUUUUUAAUAUAAAUGCAGUAUCAUAUUUACCCUGAGGUUCCCAUGGGGACGUACUCAUUCUGUGAAUGUGAAGUAGCCGUAGGUCUUCCCAGGUGUCCGGUGUCUCUGUCGACGUUCCGAAGGUAGCGCUCGUUUUCCGUCUCCGCUCGUUAUCGUCACUCUUUCCGAGUUCCCUUUUGCGACUGUACGUACAGCGGAGGGGACUCGGCGAUGCCAGUGUUACAAACUGCAGUUUGUUUAGAUCAUUAAAUCUGUCUUUUCCUAGUC